GCCCACAGGCUUUGCACAGUGUUGCAAACAGACCAAACAGACCAGUUCCCGCCAUCACAGAGAAAGCACAGGAUGUGGGUUGUCACGGUCAUCGCUGUGUCCUGUGUCCUUGUCGGCCCCUCUCUCGCCGGGGUCAAGGACCUGGCCUCUCACUUCAGCUUCUAUGACCAGAGUCCGACCCCAAACACUGAACCGGACCCACGAGGCCUCGGCCAGGGUGGAGCUCUGGACAUGGAGAACAUUCCUCUGGAGUUCCACAAAGAGAACACAGUGACCAAUGAUCUGCCCCUGGAAGGCUUUGAGGAUGAAGACUACAUCGACUUUGACAAAAUCCUGGCUGAGGGAGGGGACGACUACAGUGAGGGGGAUGAGAUUGAUGAGAUCGCAACUCCCGCUCCGUAUAUCGACAUCUUCGCUGAGCCCUCAGAUCCAAAGACACGGCGCGCCCGACUCCUGAGCCUAUUUCACGACCGCUCACGCCUCCAACGAAUCAACGUGGUCAACGCCCACUUUGGCUUCAACCUCUACCGCAGCCUUCGGAACAACGUCAACCAGACCCACAACAUUCUGCUGGCGCCCGCCGGAAUCUCCAUCGCCAUGGGCAUGAUGUCACUGGGAGCAGGGCCUGGAACACAUUCUCAGCUCUACCGGGUGCUGGGAUUCGCCAAUUUCGUCAACGCCAGCAAUCACUACGACAACGCCACGGUGCACAAGCUGUUCCGGAAGCUCACACACAGACUCUUCCGACGCAAUUUCGGGUACACGCUGCGAUCCGUUAAUGACCUGUACGUGAAAAAGGAGGUGGCGGUGGAACCGAGUUUCCGGGCAGACACCAAGGCAUACUACUUUGCAGAGCCCCAAUCGGUGGAUUUCAGGGACAAGGCGUUUCUGGUCAAGGCUAACCGGCGCAUCUCGAAGCUGACCAAAGGACUGAUCAGAGAACCACUAAAAAAUGUGGACCCCAAUAUGGUGCUGAUGCUACUCAACUACCUCUACUUUAAAGGUACGUGGGAGCAGAAAUUCCCAAAGGAGAUGACUCACUACCGGAACUUCCGUGUGAAUGAGAAGAUAAACGUUCGAGUGCCAAUGAUGCAGAACAAAGGGAACUACCUGGCGGCUGCAGACCACGAACUGCAGUGUGACAUCCUACAGCUCCCCUAUGUGGGGAACAUCAGCAUGCUCAUCGCCCUGCCCAGGAAGUUCUCCGGCAUGAGGAAGCUGGAGCAAGAGAUCUCCCCCACAGUGGUCAACAAAUGGCUCAGCAACAUGACCAACAGGACGCGUGAGGUGGUCUUCCCCAGGUUUAAGCUGGAACAGAGUUAUGACCUGAUAGACAACCUUAAAGAGAUGGGCCUCACAGACCUCUUUGAGGAGAGGGGUGACUUCACUGGGAUGACUUCAGAGAAGAUCGCAAUUAACUGGUUGAAGCACCAGGGGACGAUCACGGUGAACGAGGAGGGGACGGAGGCUGCGGCCCUGACCCAGGUGGGCUUCAUGCCCCUCUCCUCACAGAUACGAUUCGUUAUAGACCGGCCAUUCCUCUUCCUCAUCUACGAGCACCGCACAGACUGCCUCGUCUUCAUGGGCCGCGUGGUCGACCCCUCACAGAGCUAAACGCUUCGUAACUCUGUAGUUCCUUCUAUCUAGAAAAAUGUACCUACUAACAUUAAUACUUUUUUUAGGAUUGUAUUAACAGUGGACUAAUUAACAAAAUAUUUGUUUUUAUUUUUAUGAACUAUCUUUUUAAAUCUCCUUUUCAGCUAGCAUUCACCCAAAGUAGGAAGGCCUUUCAAAAAUAAUGGCCUGGUAACAAAUUCUGCUGAUCCUACAAUGGGACUACUAGCUGUCAUGGCGAACUGUAUGAACUUGUGUCUGAGAGAGGUUAGUCAGGAGUGUUGAUAUUUGCUGUCUGUUAAUGUUCCAUCUCUCUAUACAUCUACAGUGGAAGUUGUUCGACUAGAAACACUAAGCUUUGGCUAUUCAAUAAAUGUUUUAGGGGAAAACAACAUAGUCAAUUUGACCAUGACUUUCUUGUUUAGUUUUUAAAAAAAUGUUUGAUGUUUGGGUUUUCUGAAAAGUGUUUAGCUACUGUGUAUGUAAAGUUCUGUCUAGAAUGUUAGAUAAAAGAAUAAACAAAAGCAUUUGAGACUGUU